UUGAUGACAGAAACUAGGGUUUUGUCGAUCGAUAGAUAUCACAUCUUGAGUUAGGUUUUCGCCGACCCAGAUUCCUGGCUAUCCCAUGGCGAUCGAUCUGUUCGAUGGAUCGGAUUCGAGCACUGACGAAGCCGAGCUUACCACUAUCAAGGUCGACGAGAACUACGCGCGGCGGUUGGAGCACAACAAGCGCCGCGAGGCCCUUCAGCGGCUGCAGGAACUCAAGAAGCGCGGCCUCGCCGGUGGCUCUGACGGCUCCGAGGAGUCCUCCGGUGAUGAUGACGAUGAAGACGAGGAACCAGAUAAGUCCGGCAAGAACGACCUCAAGUUCUUCGAGACCCUCGUCAGGGUCAAGAAAAAGGACCCCUUCAUCCUAUCCGACAACGUGAAGGUCUAUUCCUCCGAUGAGGAGGAGGAUGAGAAGCCAAGGGCUGCCAAAAAGGAGCGACCUUUGUACCUGAAGGACGUCAACGCUCGACAUUUGAUUGAAGAGGGGCCAGAAUUUGAGGAGAAGCCAUUCAAAUAUGACUCGAAGGUCUACAACAAGGAACAGGCUGAGGGGAUAAAGGCAUUCUUGGAAGCGGAGAAGGCAGCUUUCGCAUACGUCGACGAUGAGGACGAUAUCCUGAAGAUGAAGGAGAAGGCUGGAGAAGCAGAGAAGGACGAGAACACCCAAAAGAUGGAUCAGAACUUGGAUGAGUAUUUCGGGAAGGACGAUGAUCUGAGCGAUAAUGAGAAGUUCUUAAAGGAAUACCUGCGGAACAGAAUGUGGAUUGGCGAGGAAAAGGAUAAGAAGCCUUCUUUUGAUGAUCUCUUUGGUGUUUCAGAGGAUGAGGAUGAGCUGGACAAGCAGGAUAAGUUCGAGGCUGAUUACAACUUCAGGUUUGAGGAAGGGGGUGCAGACCGAGUGUUGGGUCACUCGAGGGUCAUCGAGGGAUCAGUGAGGAAGAAGACGAGCAGUAGGAAAUUGCAAAGGAAGAGCAAGGAGGAGAGAAUGGCACAGGCAGAGUUCGAGAGGAAGGAGGAGCUGAAGCACUUGAAGAACCUGAAGAAGAAGGAGAUCCAGGAGAAGCUCGAGAAGAUCAGAGCAAUUGCUGGGAUCGGAGAUGAUGGGACUGUCAAGCUAGAUGAAGAUGAUCUGGAGGAGGACUUUGAUCCUGAGGAAUAUGAUAAGAAGAUGAAAGAGAUGUUUGGGGAUGUUUAUUAUGAUGCUGAGGAUGUCGAUCCUGGAUUUGGGAGUCAGGAAGAUGAGGAUUUGGAGAAACCAGACUUCGACAUGGAGGAUGAGUUGCUUGGGCUUCCCAAGGGUUGGGAUACUAGUGGAACUGAGGGGUUUGAAGCAACUAGGAAAAGGAUAUUGAAACAGAGGGAGGAAGAGGAACCAGAGAAAGAGGAUGGUAAGAGGAAGAAGAAGCGUAAAAUCUCUCUCAAGGAGAAGGUGGAGCUUGAUAAGGAAUUGGAGGAGUACUAUAAAUUGGAUUAUGAAGAUACAAUCGGGGACCUCAAAACUCGAUUCAAAUAUAAGUCUGUUCCAGCUAAUAGAUUUGGGAUGCGGCCUGAGGAGAUUUUAGUGGCAAAUGACAAGGACUUGAACCAAUAUGUUUCUCUGAAGAAGUUAGCACCAUAUAGGGAGAAAGAGUGGAAGGUCACAUAUCAUCAGAAGUUGAAGAAGGAUUUGAUUCUUCAUGGAGAAAAAUCCGACCAGAAGAGCAGCAAGAAGAGCAAACCAAAGGGAAUUUCUGUUUCUACAGAGCCAGACAAGGAAAAACAGGUACCUGAGAUGGAGGAACCAAAUGAUGAGGAAGUAAAUAACUCAUCUAGGCGUAGUAGAAGAAGACGCCGCCAAGCAGAAUUGAAACUGUCGAGGUCCAGGCUUAUGGCAUAUGGAAAAAUACCUUCAAAAUCACAGAAAAAGCACUAACCAGUGUUGAAGAGAAUGAUUACUGAAAGAGCAUCUACUAAAAAUCCGGUGAGACUUUGUUUAAACGAUGUAGGGAAAGGGACCUGUCAAAAUGAGGGUUGUCAUUCGUGAACAUUAAUUUUUGCUCUGAUCCUUUUUUCUAUAAAAUCUUUGGUCAUCUGUGUUGUAUCGGUGGUACUGGCUUUUCCAAUUUUGGUUCUUGAUCAUUUCAUGUGUGGUUAGUGACUUUAGUCUAAUCUUUGCCCAGUCGGUUCUCUUAUCCACUAUGUAUUUUAGCACAUUCUUGGUUACACUUCUUGGACAAUAUUGGAGCCUUUUUUUAUUCUACAUUAAUGCAAUGAGAUCAUGUGUGCAAC